ACCGGAUGCGCUCCGCGGGGGCAGGGUUGCGGUCGUGGUGGAAGUGGCCGAGAUGCUGCCGCAGUGGGAGCUGGCGAACUUGCCAUCAUACGGCAAGUGUCUCCUCGUUUUUCCUGAGGGGACUUCAGGCAUUACCCGCCAGCUGGCGUGUGCUGUGGUGCAAAGCGAUGUGGACGACGAUACUAUCGGCCGGCUCAUCGAUCAAGGCGCUGACCUUUCCGUGGUGAUUCACAUCAUCCAGCUAUAUGGUGGUCGCGGGUAUGAGUAUCAAAAGGGUCUUUUGGACGCCGUCCCCUUUGCUCAUUCCCGCUCUCCAAUUGCAAGCCGCAUCGUCAUCAGACUGAUCAAGCAAGGGGCAUCCGUCACGGAUGCCAGCCUCGAGGAUUUUGUGCGGAAGUCCCCCCUUCACGUGGCGCAGAGGAUUGUCGCCUUCAGUCGGCCGAACGCAUUCCUCGCUAGUUUCCGGCCCACUGGCAGACUUUAUUGGCCAGACGAAGACGAGAGACCCCUUGUCACCCUCCCUGACGGCAGUAGUCCCCAGACGAAACGUCUUGCAGUCGGUUUGAGCAACGGCACCAUUGAAGCGCAGGACGCCGACAAGCUGAUCGGGCAGGGAGCGGAUGCAAAGACAAUCGUGGCCUUUCCUCCGUCGCGCUACAGCUUCCCACAGCAUCCUCUUUCGCUCAGCCUCAUCUCGCUUGCUCUGCGUUGUUCGGGUCGCAUCUCGGCGGACGUCCUCAGCGUUUUGGUCAAACAUGGGGCGGACAUCGACCACGGCCAUCCGAUUGUGGAGGCUGUCGAGAAGCGCAAGUGGGAGUUGUGCCAGUCGCUGCUGUCCUUCAAGCCCUCGCUCACCGGCCUCACCCUGCUGCACAAGAUUGCAGGACACAGUCUAAACGAAACGACGGGAGCUUUGGUGCUGUCGCUGGUGCAGACAAUGAUUGAGAUGGAUAGCUCCAUCCUCAACGAGAAGAACGAGUACGGGAGGAAGCCCCUACACGUCUUCUGCGGAGACCCCCUAGCCAACGCCUCUCUGCAACAGCAGCUACUCGCGAUUCUAGUCAAUACGGCCGGGCGUGAGAGCCUGUUGGAGCCGGAUGAACCCGACGAUGACGAGAAGGGAUGGAGACCAUUCCAUUAUGCAGUUUCGUCGUUGUGCAUGACAAUGGUCGACUGGCUGUUCAAGCAAGACCCACACGUGAUACAUCACAUCAAUGAGACGAUAUCGACUGAUCCCGAGAGGACCAUCUUGGGUCACCUGACGCGUGAAGCAGUGGAUGAGUGGGACUCUUUUUUGCCGCCAGAGAGGCAUGCCCCGAAGUCGCUGAUGAUGAUGCGAAGGCUCCUGAAGUGGGGAGGUACGCAUCGCAUCUACCAGGGAGUGUGUGUUCGUGGGUCUGUGCGACGACUAAACGGAUCAUGUCUUGUCCUGUCCUGUCCCGUGUGCAUGUGUGUGCGCAGCGUCUGUGUCACUGGCCUCUGGCCCUGAUGGAUUUGACGAGGAUGAGACGAGAGAGGCGAGAUUCCUCAAGACAGCCUAUGGCGUGCACCUGAGCAUAGAUCUGCCGGACAACAUCCUCCACUGCAUCAACGACGUUCUCCGCCCCACGCGAUCAAUCCUGGCGUCCCUCACCCAGUGCAUCCCCCUCACCGCCAACAAGACACUCCGCCUCCCAUCCGACACCAUCCACCACAUCAGUGGUUUCCUCACCUCGUGGUGGGUCCCCAGGAUCGGCGAGGACCAUUUCCGCACCGAGAUACAAGGCAUCGUGCAUCACUUUGUCAGCAGCGCCCACAAGAUCGUGCUGUCCGGCGGCAGCAAUCGGGCCGUGGCGCGCGACCACGUGCGACUCUUCUGCAUCCGCGGACAACACAUGGGGCUGCGCGAGGUGCUGGACGCCUGCAUCAGGGAGGAGGGGCAGAGGUGGGGCGUCGCCACACGCUUCCCGGGCCUGCCGACAUUCACCGAGAGUUUGCGCAGGCUGCCGGCCCUGCCGCAGAGGGACUUUGAGGCCAUCGAGAGGAUGAAGGUGCUGCAGGAGGUCGCAGGGGCCUGUGAGCUGCGCAAUGCUGAGCUGCGGCUGGAGGUGGAUAGGCUGCAGCAUGAGCUGCGUGCUGUCAAGGAAGAGCUGAUGCGAUGGGUUCUGAGUAGAGCAGGGGGAUUAGAGGGGGGAGGGUUAGCGACUCAUUGAUUGAUUGAUAUGGCUGAUUGAUAACUUUAUUCAUCGGUUGGUCGGUCGGUUCAUCGACGAGUCGACCGAGUAUCUAAUUCGGGCCGUCUUGUUGCUGUUGUCGCUGUUGUUUGUGGUGGUAAUUAUGUAUGUGUGGUCGUUUGUCACUUUUGGGUGCGUCAUUGUUGUUGUUGCUGUGUGUGGCGAUAUGUGGCUGACUGAUCGACCGCACAUGCAGUUUUUUCGACAGAGAGGCAAUUCAGUCUCU